AGGGGGGGAGACAGCUGAUGCCUGUCAAAGCCGGAGCCGUCGCGCUCUCGCGAGAGCCCGCCCGCCGGUAGCCACGGGAUGCGGGGCUCAGGUGCGGGCAGAGCGCAGCGCAGCGCGCCCGGCGCCGGGCAGCGGCAGGCAGAGGAGUGAGACGGCGGGGGCCGGAGGGAGCCUCGCCGCCCUCUCACCCACCCACCCAGCCCAGCCCCGGCCACCGUGGAGGCGGCGGCGGCGGGGGCAGGGUCCGCUGCGGCACCGCAGCCACCGGCUCCGCCACCGCUAUCCGCCACCGUCCGUGGCUUCCCCCGGCGGGAGGAGAGCGCCCGGAGAGCACUUUCCCCCCGACUUUAGGAGUGUUUGUGGAUUUACAUGCCAAGCCUUCAAGAUGAUGUCCAUGAACAGCAAGCAGCCGCAUUUUGCCAUGCAUCCUACCCUACCUGAGCACAAAUACCCCUCUCUACACUCGAGUUCGGAAGCAAUAAGAAGAGCAUGUCUACCAACUCCACCGCUGCAGAGCAAUAUCUUCGCCAGCCUCGAUGAGACCUUGCUGGCGCGGGCCGAGGCUCUGGCCGCCGUUGACAUCGCCGUUUCGCAGGGCAAAAGCCACCCUUUCAAGCCGGACGCCACUUACCACACCAUGAACAGCGUGCCCUGCACCUCCACCUCCACUGUGCCCCUGGCGCACCACCACCACCACCAUCACCACCACCACCAGGCGCUGGAGCCCGGAGACCUCCUCGACCACAUCACCUCCCCCUCGCUGGCGCUCAUGCCCGGCGGAGGCGGCGGCGGAGGCGGCGGCGGCGGCCACGACGGGGCGGGUGGCGGCGGCGCCGGGGCCGGCAGCGGCGGGGCCGGCGGUGGCGGCGGCGGUGGCGGCGGCGGCGGCCUCAUCUCCACCUCGGCCCACCCGCACUCUCACAUGCACGGCCUGGGCCACCUCUCGCACCCGGCCGCCAUGAACAUGCCGUCGGGGCUGCCGCACCCGGGGCUGGUGGCAGCUCACCACGGGGCAGCUGGGCAGGUGGCCUCGGCGGCGGCUGUGGUAGGAGCGGCUGGCUUGGCCUCCAUCUGCGACUCGGACACGGACCCGCGGGAGCUGGAGGCCUUCGCCGAGCGCUUCAAGCAGCGCCGCAUCAAGCUGGGGGUGACCCAGGCCGACGUGGGCUCGGCAUUGGCCAACCUGAAGAUCCCGGGGGUGGGCUCCCUCAGCCAGAGCACCAUCUGCCGCUUCGAGUCCCUCACUCUCUCCCAUAACAAUAUGAUCGCCCUCAAACCCAUCCUGCAGGCCUGGCUGGAGGAGGCCGAGGGCGCCCAGCGGGAAAAAAUGAACAAGCCCGAGCUCUUCAACGGGGGCGAGAAGAAGCGCAAGAGGACUUCCAUCGCCGCCCCGGAGAAGCGUUCCCUGGAGGCUUACUUCGCCGUCCAGCCUCGGCCGUCCUCUGAGAAGAUCGCCGCCAUCGCUGAGAAAUUGGACCUCAAAAAGAACGUGGUGCGGGUUUGGUUUUGCAACCAGAGACAGAAGCAGAAACGGAUGAAAUUUUCCGCCACCUACUAGGAGUGGGCGGGAGGGGCGGCCCGGGCACCGGGGGGGGCCGGGCUGGGGCCGCGGGGGACGCCUAUGCACCGCCGCAGUCGCCCGAGACUCCGUGAGAAGCUCCUGAGGACCAAGGGACGAUGUAGAAAUGAAACGUGAACUACUCGAUGAGAGGGAAAGGGGGGCGUGCGCGGGGAGGGGGGCUGCUCCAUCAGUUAUUAAAACAAAAAGACACCGGGACACCAACUAGAAGAAGGAGGAGAGAGGAGGUAAAAACGCUCUAGAAACCCGUGUGGGUCACUUCUGCGGCCCCAGGCCCACCUCUGUCCGUGUGUGUCCCCCCCCAUGCCCCCCAACAGAAAGCGGGAGAAAGAGCAACUCAAAGCGUAAACACACAUAAACACACACCAAUAAAUGCCGUGACAGCAACAACCACAAA